AUGGCUACAGAAGCCCGAAUGCGAAGCUCUGCUUCGACCCCCUCACUGCGAUCCAGCACACCGGCGCAAUUCAGAGGAUACCGAGAAGUACAGGCAGCACAACAGAAAUAUGCGAAAACAGCGGAACAACCAGGGGGAGGAAACGUCAAAGUUGUCGUCAGAGUCAGGACUCUACUUCCAAGAGAGCUCGAAAAGGAGGCGCCAUGCAUAGUCGAAAUGAACCCUAAUACGCAGUCUACAAUCCUCUAUGCUCCCGCCGGUGUCGACCAAAAUAUGAAGCGCAAGUUGGAAAAGAAAGUCUUUACCUUCGACAAUUCAUUCUGGUCUGUCAAUCCUAAAGACCCGCACUAUGCGGACCAAGACGACAUCUACAAUUCCCUUGGAGAGGAAUUCCUGGAUCACAAUUUUGAAGGAUACCAUACUUGUAUAUUCGCCUACGGGCAGACAGGUUCCGGGAAGAGUUACUCUAUGAUGGGGACAGCUGAGAAACCGGGAUUGAUACCGAGAACUUGCGAGGAUCUUUUCCAAAGAAUCGAAAGCAGCGAUGUUCCAAAUAUCAGCUAUAGCGUCAGGGUGUCUUACUUCGAAGUUUACAACGAGCAUGUCAGAGACUUAUUGGUUCCACGCAAAGAUACACCUUACUACCUCAAAGUUCGAGAAUCGCCAACGGAUGGGCCUUAUAUCAAAGACCUUACGGAAGUGCCGGUUAAGAGCUUACAAGAGGUUCUAAAGUACAUGAAGCAAGGAGAUACUAGUCGUUCUGUUGCCUCGACGAAAAUGAAUGAUGUAUCCAGUCGUUCGCAUGCAGUCUUUACUUUGAUCCUCAAGCAAAUCUAUCACGACAUGGAACGAGAUGAAACUACGGAACGACUUGCAAGAAUCAGACUUGUCGAUCUUGCUGGCUCCGAGAGGGCAAAGUCUACAGAGGCUACGGGUCAGCGUCUUCGCGAGGGUUCAAAUAUCAAUAAAUCUCUCACCACUCUAGGAAGAGUCAUCGCCGCUCUAGCAGAGUCAGGAAAUAGUGCUCGCCGCAAAGAGGUCGUUCCAUAUCGAGAUUCCGUCUUAACUUACCUAUUGAAAGACUCCCUAGGAGGGAACAGCAAGACAGCCAUGAUUGCGUGCAUCUCUCCGACCGACUAUGACGAAACCUUAUCCACACUAAGAUAUGCCGACCAAGCAAAGAAUAUCAAAUUACGGGCCAUCAUCAAUCAAGACCAACGUUCCAGUGCUGCACGCGAUGCCCAGAUCGAGGAAAUGUCAGAGACAAUCAGGAACCUUCAGCUCAGUUUAUCUCAGGCUACUGCUACCAAAAAACAAACAGAGGCACAAAACACUCAGUUGGAGGAGUAUCAAAGCAAAGUAGAACGCAUGCAACAAUUGAUGGAAGAGAACCGCCAGGUCGCAGAAUGCAAGAUCAGAAGCUUGCAAACCCAGAACGAUGCUUUAAAAUUACAUUUAAAACUCGCUCUAGACAGCUUAAAGAAUCCAAUCCCAGCAGUGCCUGAUCCGGAAGAUAAAGAAAAUAGUAUCUAUGAUGAGGAAGAAGAGCAAGAAGAGAUCGACGAAGACUUGGCUCUACAUCUCGAAGAUUUGAUGAAGGAUUUGGGCAACUUUAAAAAGAAAUUGGCGGAUGAUACUGGUAGGUUUGUGGGGAAGGUUAGACACCUUCAGGAAUUACCCGUCAACUGCUAA